AUGGCACAACGGCCAGCCGGCACCGGUGGCAGGGAGGACACGUCCAAAGCCGUCGUCGUUCGGCAGCGCAAGACGCACCGCAAAUCCCGACUGGGUUGCGCAAACUGCAAGCUCCGUGGCGUUAAAUGUGACGAAUCAAAGCCAACGUGUAGCCGAUGCACGUCGGCGGGCCUCUCGUGCACCUACUCGGCGCAGGCGCCGACUCUACAGCCGUCGUAUGAGAACGUCUUUAGCCUAGAGCCGGCGGCCACGGUGGAAGUGCUGCCGCCGCCAAAGCUGAUGAUGCAGCGGAUUCUGCCCUCGGCGCUCCCUAUAGCAGGGAGUACGGGCAACUAUGUGCUGCGGCAGAGCGACAAGGCGCUCGUGAGCCGGUUUGUGCACAACACAAUUCUUACGUUUGGUCCAGGCGAAGCCGAUGCGCACAAGAGUCGCUGCAUGAUGCUCGCGAAUGCUCACAAAUAUCUCUACCACAUCUACAUUGGCUUUGCGCAGCUCCAAGACGCCCACUUCAACGUAGUGCCCGGCUCCCCGCGCCCCUCGGACGGCGCGACCAUGGCGCUGCACAUGUACCACAGCGCCACCAUGUUCAAGCAGACGCUCUCGGAGCUCAUGCCGCGCAAGAAGCACAUCUCCUCGAUGGAGCGCGACGCCCUGUGGAUGGGCGCGUCCAUGCUCGCCACCUCGUGCUUUGCCAACAUUGACUCGCUCGACCCGCGCGAGGUCUGGCCGCUGCGCGCCCCGGACAUGAUGGACCUCGACUGGCUGCGCAUGAACCAGGGCAAGGACAUUGUCUGGGAGAUUGCCGACCUCGGGCGGUCCGACAGCGUCUUCAACGACUUCUUCGUCGAAAUGGCCACCACGCCUCUACCGUCCGCGUCGUCGCCGAUUCGGCCGCACGCGCUCUCGCCGCUCUUCUACACGCUCUUCGACAUAUCGCCCUCGUCGACGGCGGAGAGCAACGUCUACCACGGCGCCGUGUCCUACCUCUCCCAGAUCAUCGACGACGAGGUCAGCAUCUACAUUGGCGCGCGGCUCUUUAUCUUUCCGAUGGAGGUCGGCGUCGGCGUCAAGAAGCUGCUGCGCGCGCGCGACCCGCGCGCCAUGCUGCUGCUCGUCUACUGGCACUCCAAGCUCGUCGAGUACCCGGCGUGGUGGGUCAAGUUCCGGUGUAUCGUCGAGGGGCUCGCGAUCGCGAUGCACCUCAGGCGCGAGCACGCCGAGGACAUGCCGGAUCUGAUCCGGCUGCUGGAGCCGCCGCGGCAGGCGCUGCUGGCGCAGUUUCGGAAGAGCAAGCUGACGCAGGUGUGGCCGCAGGAGGUCAUUGACGAGGCCGAGGCGCCGUACAUGUGA